GCCAGUGCGGGGCCAGGCGGCCGGGCUGAGCGGCGGUGCUCGGCAGGCUGGAGCGACAACAUGCCCUUGCCGAGGCGCCGGUCGUCCUUCCUGGGGCAGCAGCCCUCCACCUCGGCGGCGGAGAGCUCGGGGCCGCCCGGCCGCCGGGUGAGCGUCGGAGGCGGGGCGAGCCUGUCGAGACCCCCCGGCGUCUACGUGGGCACCGUUCCCACCGGCGGCGUGAGCAGCCUGGGCACCCGAGUGUCCCGUAGAGCCCUGGGCAUCAGCAGCGUCUUCCUCCAGGGUCUCCGCAGCUCGGCCGCCGCCGUGCCCCUGGCCCCGGGGCUGGAUAAGGGCAGGGGUCUCUCCUACGAAAGCCUGAAUGGCUGCUUGGUGGAGUACAUCGAGAAGGUGCGAGCUCUCGAGCAGGUCAACCAGGAGCUGGAGGAGCACAUCAGAGUGUACCUGGACAAGAAGGCGGCCAGCGUGAGCAGCUGGGGAGCGCUGCGGGAGAACUGGGAGGCGAUUUACCACCAGGUGGGUGAAGCAGUCCUUGAAAAUGCUCGUCUUAUGCUGCACACCGAGAAUAUUCAAGCCUGUGCUGAAGAUUUCAAAGACAGGUAUGAAAAUGAGCAGCCAUUCAGAAAGGCAGUGGAAGAUGAAAUUAAUUCCCUAUAUAAAGUGAUUGAUGAUGCUAAUUUAACUAAAAUGGAUCUGGAGAGUCAGAUAGAAAGCAUGAAGGAAGAACUAGCUUUGCUGUCAAAGAAUCAUGAAGAAGAUGUGAAGGUAUUAUACAAGCAGCUUGCUGGAUCUCAGCUGGAAGAACUUGAUGUUCCUCUGGGAAGUGGCCUCGAUGACAUUCUGGAAAAAAUCAGAAUCCACUGGGAGAGAGACAUUGAAAAGAAUCGUGCUGAGACAGGUGCCCUGCUCCGUACCAAGCAACAGGCUGAGACGACGGCUGCCGUGCGAACCCAGGAGGAAGAGCUGGUGGAGGGCCUCAGAACCGAGUUCCAUGAAACUGCCUGCAAAAUACAGAGCUUGCAAGCAGAAACCGAAUCUUUGAGAACCUUGAAGAGGGGUCUGGAGAACUCUUUAUAUGACGCCAAGCACUGGCAUGACAUCGAAUUGCAGAACCUAGGCUCUGUCAUUUCCAAGCUGGAGGCAGAGAUGGGAGAAAUCAAAGUAGAAACCGAGCAGCAGCAGAGGGAUCGUGAAAACCUGCUGACUAGCAAACAACAGCUGGAGAAAGACAUUGCUGCAUAUCACUGCCUCCUGGAUGGAGAGCAAAGCAGGUACUUAUCCUUAAAAGGAUGGAGAACAUGCUCCUCAGGAAGGGAUUGUGAGGUUGCUGGAAGCAGGAGGACUGGGGUGCUUCUCACAUUUCAUAAGGCUGGCUGGUAGAUGGCGAGGUUUGGAGAAGCUGCCAGAGGGGGAGAACACACCAAAUCCCAUCAGAGAUUCCUAAUGUAUUGGAGAUGGGUGGUUUCCAGCACUACCACAGAAGGACAUGGUUUGGGAACAUGCCAUGGAUUUCACUUCUCUGAAGGUUUGAGAUGUGACAUUACUACCAGGGGCUACAUUAGUGGCUGCAAAGCAGAUAUGUUGUUGUUUCCUGAUUUGAAUACAUUAUGCCAUCCUUCCUCCUCCCUCAAUACAGUCCAAAUAUUAUACUGUGAUCCUGGGAAAUCUCCCUGUCUAAGCUUGUAAGUUUGUCCUGAAGUCCAAGGACAGGAUCUGGACCACUGACUGUACCUUUUUGAAAAAAUGUUUUGACUCUUAAGAUUUUUCCUCCGGGAAUAACCUGUAAACACCUUUACAGUGGUUGGGUUGGGUUGCCUGGUUGGGCAUUUCUAAGAUACUUUAUCACCCUUAGCCAUGGAAACCUUUGAAUCUGAUCCACAGAUUUUGAUUUGCUCUUCUGUUCAAGACAGGGAGAAUUUUACAAUAAUGAAAUCUUGCUGAAGCUGGUGAGAUUUCACCUGCUGAACUGAGGAUAGGACUUGGUUCAGCAAUUUUCA